AAGAGCACCUCUUGAAAUUCAGUUAAAAGAUUUUUAAGAUUUUUUUUGUUUGCUCAUCACUCUCUGAGAUAUUUUUUUUAUUUUCCCUCACUUUCUCUCCCUCCAAACAGGUUUCGAAAGCUUUUUUUUUAUUAUUAUUUAUUUUUUACUCUUUUCGCUUGCGAGAAAUGGAGAUGGCUAUGGAAGAUUCGCACUGCUCGCACGAUCUUCUCCUUCUCUCCAUGGCUCGCGCGGCGGUGAUUGUCAAUGGACGGAGCCCUCUGUUUCCGACGAAUCCUAUACAGAAUACGCAACGAAUAAGUAAAGCUGCUUAGGGUUUGUUAAACCUCUCUGUGUUUUUUUUUUACAACUUUGAAAGUGUGUUUUUCUUUUGGUUUUGUGUGUUUCUCUGUUUUGGACCUGAAAUUCGUGGAAUUGAGUUCAAGAACUCUAGGGGUAUGGUGAAUUUCACUCAGUUUGUGAAUUUCAUUUCUGAAUAUUAGUGAUUUUCUUGAAGAUUUGGAGUUCCAGGGCUUCUGGAAUUGUUCUUGUGAAAUUUGAGGUCCUUAGGGUUUCACAUAGUUCGUGAAAUGUUUGUAGCUUGGGAUUUGUGGGGGAAGUUUGAGUUCAAUUUCUAGGGUUUGAAAAGAAUUUUUUGUCAAACAUUGAGUUCUUUAGGGUUUCAUGUGGUUCUUGUAAGUGCUCUGCUUCUGAAUUUCCAAGAAUUUAUCAGGAAUUAAGGACAUAAUUCUGUGUAGUCUUUGAAGGAGUUGGAUGGGUAUUUGAAUUUGAAUUUGGGUUUUUUUGGCGGGAAAAUUUGAAUGGCUAAAAGGUGGGAAUUAGGGUUUCCGAAGUCUAAUGCUUCUAGUCUUAAAGAACAAGUAGCAAGAACCAUUCUCCGGAAUGUGAGGGCGCAAGGGCAUCCAUACGUUGAGAUUCGGGAAGAUGGGAAAAAGUUUAUUUUCUUCUGUACUUUGUGUCUUGCACCAUGUUAUAGCGAUACUGUGUUAUUUGAUCACUUGAAGGGGAAUCUUCACACUGAGAGGUUAUCUACUGCCAAGGUUACACUUAUGGGACCGAAUCCCUGGCCCUUUAAUGAUGGUGUUCUUUUCUUUGAUAAUUCAGUGGAAAAUGAUAAAAAUUCUGGGGUUUCAAAUACUAGUAAAAGUAGGUUGUUGGAGUGGCACAACGAUGAUAACAAUCUUUCUAUUGUCAACUAUGAUGGAAAUUCGAAAUCUAGUGGUAAUGGGUAUGUUGUUGAUCAUUCAGAUACUGAAAUUAGUUCUGAUGAUUUGACUUUGGAUGCUAAUGGGGAGAAUGGCAGUUUGGUAAUUCCUGGUGUGCGGAUUGGGCAUGAAAUUUCUGAUAUAAAGGGGCAGGAGGUUGGUUUUGGACUAAUUGGUGCCAGGUUCUGUGAGAAGGGUGACAUUUCAAUUGGAAUUAAUAGAAUAUGGUGCGAGUGGUUAGGGAAAAAGAAUCCUGGUGGAAAUAACAAUAAGUUCAAGGUUCCAGAGCAUGAUUUUGCUGUUAUUACUUUCAAUUACAAUUUAGAUAUGGGCCACAAGGAGCUGUUUGACAAUGUGAAGUCAUUGCCCUCAUCUAGUCCGACAACAAAAUCAGAGAUUGGGAAUGGCACUAGUAGGAAAAGAAAGACAUCAUUUUCUGACCCUGAGGAUGUUAGUGAGUCCUUGAGUAAUCAAUAUGAUUCAUCUGUGGAAGAUACUUCAGCAUCAAAUGAUUCCUCUUCAAGAUUGCUUUUGACUCACUUUGAUGAUCAACUUCUGCAUACGAGGUUUAUUUCAAAUAAGUCUAUAAGGCGGGAAUUGAGACGGCAACAGCGUGUAGCGGCAGAAAGGAUGUGUGACAUCUGCCAACAAAGGAUGCUUCCUGGGAAAGAUGUAUCAGCACUUAUGAAUAUGAAGACUGGAAGGCUUGCAUGCAGCAGUCGAAACGUGAAUGGGGCAUUUCAUGUUUUUCAUACUUCCUGCGUCGUACAUUGGAUACUUUUUUGUGAGUUUCAAAUAAUUACAAAGGAGUUACAUAACAAAAGAAAUGCAGCUAAAUACGAUGAAAUAGGAAAAGAUGGUGAGGCAAAAGCCACAAGAACACAAGAUGAUUCUGUUUUCUGCCCAGAGUGCGAGGGCACUGGAAUCAUAAUUGAAGGAAAUGAGCUGGAGACACCAAAUAUCCUUCCUUCUGAGAUGUUCAAGUGUAAAAUAAAGGCAAGUGAUGGACGUAGAGCAUGGAUGAAAAAUCCUGAAGUGUUGGAGAACUGCUCAACAGGUUUUCAUUUCCCUUGUCAGUCAGAAGAAACAAAUCAGGAAAAGGCAAAACCCCUGAAAUUGCUGCGUUUCUAUGGAUGUGAUGUAUAGAUCAGCCAGAAGAUCCUCUGAACCUUGUACCGAUUUUAGUCUCACAGUAGCAUGUAGAUUUUGCUUUUAACAUGUAAGUUGUUGUUCAAGUAAGUAUCAUGAUUCUAGUACAAACCAUGGGUAGGAUUUUAAAUAUAACCAGGAUUUCGUAAACAUUGUAUAUACCUGUUGUUGGACAGAGGAGCAUACAUUCAGUAUACAUUGCUGAGAUAUAUCUGCAUGGUAAAUGAAUUGGAUUUGCUCUUAA